UUCAGACAGAGUUGAUGUGCCGGCAGAGUGAGUAACGCUACGAGUUAAACAGUUAAUCAGCGUCACGGCCAGCGGUCUGUGCGCGAGUGUAAUAGAACCACAUGACCUCCUUGCCUGCGAUGAGAGCAAUAAAACCCCUGAAUGCUCCACCACCUGCCUCUUCAUUUGGACAUAGCUAUACAGGGAAGUUUAGGCCUUAAGUUGGUGUUCUGACCGACACACCCGGUGUGAACUUGCGGUGUGGGACGAGUUAGAUGAGGCCGCGCAGGUGUACAGACACAAAACGGAACUGACUUCCACCGCCGGAGUUUCACAGUGUGACACCCAGCGGAAGUAAACAACGGCAGCGCUAGCCGCGUUAGCCGCGUGGAUGUGUGGAGUUAGCAGGAAGACGAUGGUGUGGUCGCACCGCAGAUAAAUAUUUCAAUGGUAACGAAGCGACAAUGUCUUCAGUUCAGUAUCUGAGAGAGUUUGUCAGCGAGCGACUGACUGCUGCUGCUGAAGAAAUAUUCGGAGUCUUUGAAAAAACUAUCGUCGAGUACGAGGCAGAGAUCGAUCGUCAGCGCAGACUGCUGGAUAUCGUUUGGAAACCCGAGAUAAAGCUGCACAGGAUCGAGCUCCCACAGCAACAUGUGUGUAAGGAGGAGGAGGUUCUCACUGACCAACAGCUCUGGAACCAGCACAGGAACUCCAGUCUGGACCCAGAGCCUCCACAGGUUAAAGAGGAACAGGAGGAGGUCUGCACCAGUCAGGAGGGAGAGCAGCUUGUAGUGAAGCAGGAGACCCAGACCUUUAUGUUGACUCCUACUCAUGAGGAAAGUGAGCACAGUGGACCAGAACCAAACAGGGACCACCAGCUCCUGUCUCACUGCUCUGCUGCUGCUGAGAACCAAGACCAGAGAGGAGGACAGCAUGUGGACCCAGAACCAACCAGAGAUGCAGAGUCCAUGACAAAGAAGAGACGUCACAACAACAGAAGACACAGAAACAAGGUGGACAACUCUGCCACCACAAAGAGUCUCUGUGAAACUCACACAGAGCUCCCACAGCAACAUGUGUGUAAGGAGGAGGAGGAGGUUCUCACUGACCAGCAGCUCUGGAACCAGCACAGGAACUCCAGUCUGGACCCAGAGCCUCCACAGGUUAAAGAGGAACAGGAGGAGGUCUGCACCAGCCAGGAGGGAGGGCAGCUUGUACUGAAGCAGGAGACCCAGACCUUUAUGUUGACUCGUACUCAUGAGGAAAGUGAGCACAGUGAACCAGAACCAAACAGGGACCACCAGCUCCUGUCUCACUGCUCUGCUGCUGCUGAGAACCAAGACCAGAGAGGAGGACAGCAUGUGGACCCAGGACCAACCAGAGAUGCAGAGUCCAUGACAAAGAAGAGACGUCACAACAACAGAAGACACAGAAACAAGGUGGACAACUCUGCCACCACAAAGAGUCUCUGUGAAAGUCACACAGGUACAGAGGCUUUAAAAUGUGACACUUGUGGUAAAACGUAUAAGCUUAAGUCCCGCUUGAACAGGCACCUGAGAAGCCACACAGGUGAGAAACCGUACCCCUGCAACACCUGUGGGAGAAGAUUUAGUCACGCUCCACAGUUGAAAGAGCACAUCAGAAUCCACACAGAGCUCCCACAGCAACAUGUGUGUAAGGAGGAGGAGGAGGUUCUCACUGACCAGCAGCUCUGGAACCAGCACAGGAACUCCAGUCUGGACCCAGAGCCUCCACAGGUUAAAGAGGAACAGGAGGAGGUCUGCACCAGUCAGGAGGGAGAGCAGCUUGUACUGAAGCAGGAGACCCAGACCUUUAUGUUGACUCGUACUCAUGAGGAAAGUGAGCACAGUGGACCAGAACCAAACAGGGACCACCAGCUCCUGUCUCACUGCUCUGCUGAGAACCAAGACCAGAGAGGAGGACAGCAUGUGGACCAAGAACCAACCAGAGAUGCAGAGUCCAUGACAAAGAAGAGACGUCACAACAGAAGACACAGAAACAAGGUGGACAACUCUGCCACCACAAAGAGUCUCUGUGAAACUCACACAGAGCUCCCACAGCAACAUGUGUGUAAGGAGGAGGAGGUUCUCACUGACCAGCAGCUCUGGAACCAGCACAGGAACUCCAGUCUGGACCCAGAGCCUCCACAGGUUAAAGAGGAACAGGAGGAGGUCUGCACCAGUCAGGAGGGAGAGCAGCUUGUACUGAAGCAGGAGACCCAGACCUUUAUGUUGAGUCCUGCAGAGUCCAUGACAAAGAAGAGAUAUCACAACAACACAAGUCACAGAAACAAUGUGGACAACUCUGCCACCACAAAGAGUCUCUGUGAAACUCACACAGAGCUCCCACAGCAACAUGUGUGUAAGGAGGAGGAGGUUCUCACUGACCAGCAGCUCUGGAACCAGCACAGGAACUCCAGUCUGGACCCAGAGCCUCCACAGGUUAAAGAGGAACAGGAGGAGGUCUGCACCAGUCAGGAGGGAGAGCAGCUUGUAGUGAAGCAGGCGACCCAGACCUUUAUGUUGACUCCUACUCAUGGACCAGAACCAAACAGGGACCACCAGCUCCUGUCUCACUGUUCUGCUGCAGCUGAGAACCAAGACCAGAGAGGAGGACAGCAUGUGGACCCAGGACCAACCAGAGAUGCAGAGUCCAUGGCAAAGUGUCACUGUAACACUCACACAGAUAAAAAGUCUUUCAAAUGUGACACUUGUGGAAAAGUGUUUCACUAUUUGUCCCAACUGAACGUACAUUUGAGACGCCACACAGGUGAGAAACCAUAUGUUUGUGACACCUGUGGGAAAAGGUUCAGUCAGAAAUCAUCACUGAACGAUCAUUUGAAAAUCCACACAGAUGAGAAACCAUAUGUUUGUGACACCUGUGGGAGAAGAUUCAGUCAUAAAAAAUCACUGAAUGAUCAUUUAAAAAUCCACACAGGUGAGAAGCCGUACUCCUGCAAAACAUGUGGGAAAAGUGUUAGAACAGCUAGAGCCCUGGUGGUUCACAUGAGAACCCACACAGGCGAGAAACCGUACCCGUGCAACACCUGUGGGAAAAGAUUUAGUGACGCACCAAUGUUGAACAAGCACAUCAGAAUCCACACAGGUGAGAAACCAUAUUCUUGUAAAACGUGUGGAAAAUGUUUUGGACGUAGUUACAGUUUGUUGAUCCACGUAAGAACCCACACAGGUGAGAAACCGUACUCCUGCACCACCUGCGGGAAAAGAUUUAGUGAUGCAUCAACUUUGAACAAGCAUGUGAAAACUCACUCAGGUGACCAUCCAUAUUCUUGUGAAAUGUGUGGGGAAAGUCUGAGAACUAGUAGAAGUUUAUUGGUCCACAUGAGGAACCACACAAAUGAGAGGCCCUUUGUCUGCAACACCUGUGGGAAAAGAUUCUAUCGGAUGACACACCUGCGAAGGCACAUAAGAACUCACACAGGUCAAAAGUGAUAUAGUUACUGAACAUGUGGGAGAGUUUUCAGACUUAGUGGAGGAUUCAGUCGUGAUGCUUCAUGGACAAAACACAGACGAACCCACAGGAGUGAAGGACCACAUGAUUUCAGCUGCUGUGGGAAACAUUUUUCACUCAACACCUGA